CGUCCUAGGGUCACAACAACAAUGUGGGAAGACGAAAAGACUCUUUGUUAUCAAGUAGAUGCAAAUGGUGUCUCUGUAGUUAGAAGAGCAGAUAACAACAUGAUCAAUGGAACAAAACUAUUAAACGUAGCUCAAAUGACGAGAGGUAGAAGAGAUGGUAUUUUAAAGUCUGAAAAAAUCAGACAUGUAGUUAAAAUUGGUUCAAUGCAUUUAAAAGGUGUUUGGAUCCCCUUUGAAAGAGCUUUAGCUAUGGCUCAAAGAGAGGGUAUAGUAGAUCUACUAUAUCCUUUAUUUGUUAGAGAUAUC